AUAUGACUGCGUCUGUACACUCCUAAUAUGCUAUGAAUUGAAACUCUAAUCCUAAAAGCUGCGUUAAACAGAGAAUUUGAUUUUAUUUAAUUUGUGUUGUUCUGAGACAAGAACGUCAGAAGGUGGCGCUGUUGUCUCCACGAUGCCCGCAGAUGAGUCACACGGCGUCAGCAACAUUGUAGACGGCAUCAGCAGACUUACUCCUGAUCUGUUUUCUAAAGCAUGCCAGCACAUUCUGACUUAUCUUCAAGGACGUACCAGCGGCAUAGAUUCAGCCGAAAUCUCUGAUAGUUUCCAGAGAGCUGGAGUCCGAUUUGACCAUGAAGCUCUACAGGACAUCAUCAGAUUUCUGCUGCUGACAUUCAGGUCAGCUGGGAAGACCAACCUUUCAGGAGAUGAGCUUGUAACCAGACUGAAAGAAGGUAGCAACAAGUGGCCCAAAGCAUCUCUUCAGGUGGUGCACAGGUUGUGGAGUGAACAGGGUGCGCUUGUCCAUGCUCAGCAGGAGGUCCAGGUCAUGCUCAGCAUUGGACAGUUGGUGGACAUGCAGUGGAAGCUUGGGAUGGCGGUGAGCUCCGACACCUGCCGGUCUCUCAACUCUCCAUAUGUAUGUCUAAUGCUGAAGAUCGUCGAGCCGUCUGGACAGAUCUGUCAGAAGUCUUUUGAGAUGACCAUUCCACAGUUCCAGAACUUUCACAAGCAGUUCAAGGAGAUCGCAGCUGUUAUGGAGACUGUGUGAUGCCAACACGGACCAAAUACGGACUUAAAAGACCAUCCUGAGGAGGUGUGACCCCAGAUAUCCGAUGUUAACGGGGCGCAGUGUGGACGCACACAGAGGUUUGGAACAUGCUUUCUGAGAACAACCACAAACUCCUCCCUGUACUUUGAAUGACAAUAACAUAUGUAAGUGUUCUUUAGUUAUGCUGGGUGUAAUAAUUCCAUGUAGACGUGUAAUAAGCUGGUAACACUGCUGGAUCUAAAGUGCUAUCCUGUUGGUGCCGUAUUUUGUUACUAACACUGUGUAACGUUUGCCUUUGAUUUUGACAUUUAACUACCUUGGCUUGUUAAUUUUUAUCUGUACAGAAUAAAAAGAAAGUAAACACA